AUGGAGAGGAAGAGAGAGGUAGAGGUGGGCCUGGUGAAGGUGAAAGAGGAGGAGGAUGGAGAGGAAGAGAGAGGUAGAGGUGGGCCUGGUGAAGGUGAAAGAGGAGGAGGAUGUAGAGGAAGAGAGAGGUAGAGGUGGGCCUGGUGAAGGUGAAAGAGGAGGAGGAUGGAGAGGAAGAGAGAGGUAGAGGUGGGCCUGGUGAAGGUGAAAGAGGAGGAUGGAGAGGAAGAGAGAGGUAGAGGUGGGCCUGGUGACGGUGAAAGAGGAGGAGGACAGAGAGAAUGACAGAGAAAGAUACUGCACCAUCAUUUACAUUCUUACAUGUUAAUUAAUACAGAUGAUUUACUAUCCAACUGACCAUGAUAUCUCCUCAUCCUAUAGCCAAGUAAUGAUAACACUUUCUCUUUCAGUCUACCAUGACAGUGAUGCUCUGACAGAGUUCUGUCUGUCUAAACUAGCUGGACUGUGUGUGUUAUUAUCUGAGUCUUGGUAGAGACAGAUGUUAUCAUGUUUUCACCCCCGCUGGUUUCCAUACACCCCCUAAACCUCUUACACUCCUACCAGUACAGUUUAUAAUCCUGGAGCUCCACACGCACACACACACACACGCAUACACACACACACACACGCACACGCACACACACACACACAGUGGUGAGACAAACACACAUUGUUGGUCCAACACCAGGGUAAAGAUGAGGGAUGUGUGUAUCUGCUCUGGGCUCCCCCUGUGGUGGCUGUACAAUAGAGCUCCAGAGAGAUGUUGAAUGGUCCCUGUACUGACCCAUUCUGGACACCUCUCCUUCCCUCUCUCUUUAUCGCUUUUCCUCUCUCCCCCUCCCUCCCUCCCUCCCUCCCUCCCUCCCUCCAUCCCUCUCUCUCUCAGUGACAGCAGAGUGAUUGAUGUUACUCAGAAGGCCCCAGCCUCCCCAUCCUCCUCCCUGGGGUCCCACUAUCAGAUUGUGUCUGUCUGAUUUUGUUUUUAUUUCUGUGUAUGUGUUUUUAUACCGUAUUAAAAUAUAUAUAGUUAAAUCGAUACAAUUUCAUGAAUAACUGAGUUAUUAUUAAUCAAAUACAGCAGUGUGUUGCUGAAAUUCCAUGAAAGGAUCAUUUCUUUAUUUGCUGUUGUAUGUCACUGUAUUGGUUCCGAAUCAUUAUGUUAUUAUAUAACAUCUGUGAUAUUGUGUCACCCAAAUAAGGGCGUCUUACCCCAGCAUCCUCAGAUUAGCCAGAAGGGAGUGUCGCUGGGUCUGGUUGUCAUGGUAACCAAGGCUUAGACCUCCUCAAAGGCAGGAAGGACCCCCUUAUCCCUGAACAUGACACACACACACACACACACACACACAGGGGAGAGGAGGGAUAGUGGUAGUAGGGCCACGGCCAAAUCCAGUCUGCCCAGACGACCUCUGACCCAUAGACACCCUCACGCAGUCUGUCACUGUCUCUGGACAACCAUGACUGCUGGGGUCACCACCUUUUACCACACAUACACAUACACACACGCAAACUUGAGAGCUCUCCAUCGAUAGUUUUUGAAUUAGUGAACAAUGAGAGAGAGAGGAGAGAGAAUGAAAGAAAGGGAGAGAGAAAGAGAGCGAGAGAAAGAGAAAGAGGGAAUGAAAGAAAGGGGGGGGGGGGGGGGGGGGGGGCACAGUUCCCUCUUCUUGGCCUUGGAUGGAUGCUACCUGCAUCUGUAAGUGGAAUUGAUUGUCAAUACUGCCCCCAUGUGGCUGAAUCAUGCUACUUCAGAGAAACCCAUAUUUCCGCUGUAGUAGUGAACUCAAACUGGUUGGUCAGCGGUAGUGCUGCACUUACUCAAUUUUUCCUCUGUUGGAGGAGUGGGGCUGAGUGGUGAGAGAGGUUGUGGUUUGUGGGGAUGUUGUGAUGGCUCACAUCUCCCACCUCAUGUGACAGCGAGACCUAUAACAGAGACACAAUCUGAGUAGGUAGAACCGACAAAUAUAAUGAAAACUGUUGAGCAUGUAGAUGACAUAUUUGGUAACACUUGACUUAAAGUCUACAGCAGGUAUAAUGCUAUAUCACUUGUUAUAAGCAUGUAUGAGCCUUUGUAAUGUAUUAUUGUAUGGUAUAUGAUGUGUUACGUCUCUAACUGGCCAGGUAGUGCACUGCAAAACAUUUAGAUCUCACCUAUAUAUCUCUUAGAAUGCAUUGACUUGACGUCUUACCAAGGUAAAUUAUCUUAGGGCACAGGCAGAUAAUUUUGCUGAUUUUAACCUAAAAAAGGCUUGAUCCAAGUGGGGUAAGAUACAUUAUCUUAUUUCAAGAUAUUUGAUCUUAAUAAGACAUCUUACCAAGACAAAUUAUCUUAGUGUACUGACAUUUUGCUUACUUUAACCUACAAAAGGCUUGACACAAUUCAGACUCAGAAUAUCUUAAAACAAGACAAAUGAUCUUGAUGCAUUUCCUGGGUAAGCAGAAUCAACUUGAAACAAGUAAAUGCCUUUUCUGGGUGAGCGAGAUCAACUCAAAACAAGUAAUUUUCACUUAAUUAUCUCAAUACAAUACAAAAAAUCUAGGUAGAAUUGAAAUGUUUUGCAGUGUGACUGCGGUAGUGUCAGCCGUAGGGUUGUUUUUCUCUGAGCUGUGAGUGACAGUUUCCAGCUACACUGUUACUUUCCACUUAUGUCUUCCCCCUCUUCUUUCUCCUCCUCUAUUUCUUAGAUCUCAUUCUCUCCCACUCUUUAACCUCACGUGUCCCCCUUUCUCUUUCUUUCUGACCCCACUUCCUACUCUUUUUUUGUUUACUUCCUCUUCUCUCUCUCUCUCUCUCUCUCUCUCUCUUUCUGUCAGGAUGUGGGGAGGGGGUGGGGCAUGUGUGGGGGCGUGGACAACAAUGAUUUUUAUCACUCCUCUGUUGGGUCGAGUGAGUGAGUGAGUGAGUGAGUGAGAGAGAGAGAGAGAGAGAGAGAGAGAGAGAGAGAGAGAGUGUGAGAAAGAAAGAAGAGGCCACACACACUCAGACAUUUGACCAGGACAGUAGCUCUAGCAGUGAUGGACUUCUGCAGUAUGUGGUUGCCAGGUGAGUGUCUGUGCCUCUCUCUGCCUUCAUUAGCACAGCCCAAUUAAGCUCGCCGUGUGUGUGUUUCUGUGUGUGUGUGUGUGCAUCUGUCUGUCUGUGUGUGUGUGUGUGUGUCUGGGCUGAGCCAGUUGAUUAGCACCGCUGGGUCUAACGAGCAUGGCUAAUUAGAGCACAUCAAAAAGAGGGAGCUGGAUGGAGGGAGGUGAGGAGAGGAUGGAUGGAGGAGAAGAUGGAGGGAGGAGAGGAUGGAGGUGUGGAUGUCUGUCGUAGGCAGAGAGAAAGGUCAGACAUGUCUCUCCAGGGUGGACAGGGAUGCAGUGUGUGUGUGUGUGGGUGUGUUUUCUGUACAAGUAUUUGCUAUCUCUUAUCCAUCCCUUGUCAUUACAACUGUUUAAACAGAGAACCUAAAGGUACACUUGAGUUAUGUGUCCUACAUAACAGCAUUAGAAGUGGUCUUCAGCUACAUAUAGAUGGUAAUGUUUUAAUGUCAAAUGACGACGUGAUAGAAAUAGUUUCUCAAAAAUACAUUCACAGGAAGUGAUUCAUCAAUAACAGAAACAUCUAUCAACCAAUGUCAAUAGUAUUACUGAAUGUCAUGAAUAACCAGGUGUAGAUAACAUCACAGAGAACCAUUUACGGUAUGUGCGUGCAUAUUCAUUUGAUGGGAAUGAUUCAUGUGAUGAAGCAUCUUGUGUCACUUCUCACAUCGACGUGGACAUUGAUGAAUAGAGCUUUUUAAAAUCAACCCCCCUGUACAUUCCUGUACCAUGGUGACGGGAUGACACAUCAUAUUAUGGGGUCCAUGUAGUAAAGAACGAGGUUACUCAGGUGAACUACAGUGUCUCAUCUAGGCUUUGUAUUACACACAGACAACACAGUUCAUUGUCAGUAUUCAUUGUGAAUAUGCCAGUCAUAAUGUUAGGGUUUCAGUGUGCCGUUUGUUAACUGCACAGGAUUAUCACACCUGCCAGAGUGUCCAAUGACUGUACAGUGUUUUCAUUGAAUGAUUACAUAGCAAUAGUGAAAUAUGAAUGGAAAGUUUAAAAGUUUCAUCAGGAGACUUCAUUUCCCAGACCCCCCCUUGGCGCCAGAGUGAUCUCCUUAAGCAGGAAAUUAAGGUUCAGUUGAUGUCAGUUUCACCCAGAAUACCCCUGGGAGAACACACCAUAGAAACAGAACACAUAGAACAUGUCAUGAAAAGGCAUAUCAUGCUGUGCACUAUGCAACCGUAUACAGCAGUAUACUUUACAGUUUGAGAGACUAUCCUAUCUUGACAUCCAUUUCUAUUGCACAUACAUACAUCUAUUGGUUGAGUGGUGGUAAGGCUUCUGAGAAUAGCUUCUCUGCUUCCAACUGCAGCAAGAGGAGAGACUAUAAAGGCUGACACGUAUCAGUAGUAAUGUGUUUUACAGUAGGGCAAUUAAUAUGGCGGUUUGACGUAAUCAGAGAGAAUGUUGCCAGUGGUGCGAUAGUACCAUAAUAUGGGCCUACUGAGCCGUUCCUUAUGUAUCAGAGUGAAGGUAACCAUGUAUCAGAUGGAUCUAAACCACCACCAGAAAGCUUCAGCUACUACAGUUUUGCCACUGUCACACGAUAGGUGCACAUGUUAGUAUUAUUACAGCAACUAUAGUAUGACGUGUGUGUGUGUGUGUGUGUGUGUGUGUGUGUGUGUGUGUGUGUGUGUGUGUGUGUGUGUGUGUGUGUGUGUGUGUGUGUGUGUGUGUGUGUGUGUGUGUGUGUGUGUGUGUGUGUGUGUGUGAGUGCGUGCGUGCGUGCGUGUGUGUGCGCGUGUGUCUGUGCGCGUGUGUGUGCAAGUAGGGCGGCAGGUAGCCUAGCAGUUAAGAGCGUUGGGCCAGUAACUGAAAGGUUGCUGGUUCGAAUCCACGAGCCGACUAGGUGAAAAAUCUGCCCUUGAGCAAGGCACUUAACCCUAAUUGCUCCUGUAAGUCGCUCUGGAUAAGAGCGUCUGCUAAAUGACUCAAAUGUAAGUUUGUAUGUCCCAAUGUGUUGUGCGACAGUGCGUGUCAGUGUGUAUGAGAAAGCAGUAGAGUAAUAUUAAUAGUUACACUGACAGUAAGUGUUGGGUUUAGCACUCUGUGUUCAAGCUGGUGUGAGCUAGGGGAAGUAGAGGGGGGGGAAGUGAGAGAGACAUACAUCACACCAUGAUGCACUAGCUGUUCUCCAGGCUACUGUAUAUACACUACUAACCUCAUAUACUACCCUCACUACAUACAGUGCCUUGCAAAAGUAUUCAUCCCCCUUGGCGUUUUUCCUAUUUUGUUGCAUUACAACCUGUAAUCUAAAUGGAUUUUUAUUUGGAGUUCAUGUAAUGGACAUACACAAAAUAUUCCAAAUUGGUGAAGUGAAAUGAAAAAAAUAACUUAUUUCAAAAAAUUCUACAAAAUUAAUAACGGAAAAGUGGUGCGUGUAUUAUGUUAUGAAGGGGGGUGAAUAGUUAUGCACACUCAAGUUUUAUGUUUUUUUGUCUUAUUUCUUGUUUGUUUCACAAUACAAAAUAUUUUGUAUCUUCAAAGUGGUAAGAAUGUUGUGUAAAUCAAAUGAUACAAACCCCUAAAAAAUCCAUUUUAAUUCCAGGUUGUAAGGCAACAAAAUAGGAAAAAUGCCAAGGGGGGUGAAUUCUUUCGCAAGCCACUGUACCACUAACACUGUCUUCCCACACUACAUACCACUAACACUGUCUUCCCUCACUACAUAUCACUAACACUGUCUUCCUUCACUACAUACCACUAACACUGUCUUCCCACACUACAUACCACUAACACUGUCUUCCCACACUACAUACCACUAACACUGUCUUCCCUCACUACAUAUCACUAACACUGUCUUCCCACACUACAUAUCACUAACACGGUCUUCCCACACUACAUACCACUAACACUGUCUUCCCACACUACAUACCACUAACACUGUCUUCCCACACUACAUACCACUAACACUGUCUUCCCACACUACAUACCACUAACACUGUCUUCCCUCACUACAUAUCACUAACACUGUCUUCCCACACUACAUACCACUAACACUGUCUUCCCACACUACAUACCACUAACACUGUCUUCCCACACUACAUACCACUAACACUGUCUUCCCUCACUACAUAUCACUAACACUGUCUUCCCACACUACGUUUUUUAUUAUUUUUAUUUCACCUUUAUUUAACCAGGUAAGCCAGUUGAGAACAAGUUCUCAUUUACAACUGCGACCUGGCCAAGAUAAAGCAAAGCAGUGCGAUAAAAACAACAACACAGAGUUACAUAUGGGGUAAAACAAAACAUAAAGUCAAAAAAUACAACAGAAAAUAUAUAUACAGUGUGUGCAAAUGUAGCAAGUUAUGGAGGUAAGGCAAUAAAUAGGCUAUAGUGCAAAAUAAUUACAAUUAGUAUUAACACUGGAAUGAUAGAUGUGCAAGAGAUUAUGUGCAAAUAGAGAUACUGGGGUGCAGAUGAGCAAAAUAAAUAACAAUAUAGGGAUGAGGUAGUUGGGUGGGCUAAUUUCAGAUGGGCUGUGUACAGGUGCAGUGAUCGGUAAGGUGCUCUGACAACUGAUGCUUAAAGUUAGUGAGGGAGAUAAGAGUCUCCAGCUUCAGAGAUUUUUGCAAUUCGUUCCAGUCAUUGGCAGCAGAGAACUGGAAGGAAUGGCGGCCAAAGGAGGUGUUGGCUUUGGGGAUGACCAGUGAGAUAUACCUGCUGGAGCGCAUACUACGGGUGUGUGUUGCUAUGGUGACCAAUGAGCUAAGAUAAGGCGGGGAUUUGCCUAGCAGUGAUUUAUAGAUGGCCUGGAGCCAGUGGGUUUGACGACGAACAUGUAAUGAGGACCAGCCAACAAGAGCGUACAGGUCACAGUGGUGGGUAGUGUAUGGGGCUUUGGAGACAAAACGGAUGGCACUGUGAUAGACUACAUCCAAUUUGCUGAGUAGAGUGUUGGAGGCUAUUUUGUAAAUGACAUCGCCGAAGUCAAGGAUCGGUAGGAUAGUCAGUUUAACGAGGGCAUGUUUGGCAGCAUGAGUGAAGGAGGCUUUGUUGCGAAAUAGGAAGCCGAUUCUGGAUUUAACUUUGGAUUGGAGAUUCUUAAUGUGAGUCUGGAAGGAGAGUUUACAGUCUAACCAGACACCUAGGUAUUUGUAGUUGUCCACAUACUCUAGGUCAGACCCGUCGAGAGUAGUGAUUCUAGUCGGGUGGGCGGGUGCCAGCAGCGUUCGAUUGAAGAGCAUGCAUUUAGUUUUACUAGUGUUUAAGAGCAGUUGGAGGCUACUGAAGGAGUGUUGUAUGGCAUUGAAGCUCGUUUGGAGGUUUGUUAACACAGUGUCCAAUGAAGGGCCAGAUGUAUACAAAAUGGUGUCGUCUGCGUAGAGGUGGAUCUGAGAGUCACCAGCAGCAAGAGCGACAUCAUUGAUAUACACAGAGAAAAGAGUCGGCCCAAGAAUUGAACCCUGUGGCACUCCCAUAGAGACUGCCAUAGGUCCAGACAACAGGCCCUCCGAUUUGACACAUUGAACUCUAUCUGAGAAGUAGUUGGUGAACCAGGCGAGGCAGUCAUUUGAGAAACCAAGGCUAUUUAGUCUGCCAAUAAGAAUGCGGUGGUUGACAGAGUCGAAAGCCUUGGCCAGGUCGAUGAAGACGGCUGCACAGUACUAUCUAUUAUCGAUCGCGGUUAUAAUAUCGUUUAGGACCUUGAGCGUGGCUGAAGUGCACCCAUGACCAGCUCGGAAACCGGAUUGCAUAGCGGAGAAGGUACGGUGGGAUUCAAAAUGGUGUAAUCACUAACACGGUCUUCCCACACUACAUAUCACUAGCACUGUCUUCCCACACUACAUAUCACUAACACUGUCUUCCCACACUACAUAUCACUAACACUGUCUUCCCACACUACAUAUCACUAACACUGUCUUCCCUCACUACAUACCACUAACACUGUCUUCCCUCACUACAUAUCACUAACACUGUCUUCAUACACUACCUAUCACAAACACUGUCUUACUACAUAUUACUAACACUGUCUUCCCACAUUACACUACAUAUCACUAACAAUGUCUUCCCAUAUUACACUACAUAUCACUAUCUUCCCACAUUACACUACAUAUCACUAUCACUGUCUUCCCACAUUACACUACAUAUCACUAACACUGUCUUCCCACAUUAUACUAUAUACUGUAUCACUAACACUGUCUUCCCACAUUACACUACAUAUCACUAACACUGUCUUCCCACAUUACACGAUAUACUCUAUCACUAACACUGUCUUCCACAUUACACUACAUAUCACUAACACUGUCUUCCCACAUUACACUAUAUACUGUAUCACUAACACCGUCUUCCCACAUUACAUUACAUAUCACUGUCUUCCCACAUUACACUACAUAUCACUAACACUGUCUUCCCACAUUACACUACAUAUCACUAACACUGUCUUCCCACAUUACACUAUAUACUGUAUCACUAACACUGUCUUCCCACAUUACACUACAUAUCACUAACACUGUCUUCCCACAUUACACUACAUAUCACUAACACUGUCUUCCCACAUUACACUAUAUACUGUAUCACUAACACUGUCUUCCCACAUUACACUACAUAUCACUAACACUGUCUUCCCACAUUACACUACAUAUCACUAACACUGUCUUCCCACAUUACACUAUAUACUGUAUCACUAACACUGUCUUCCCACAUUACACUACAUAUCACUAACACUGUCUUCCCACAUUACACUAUAUACUGUAUCACUAACACCGUCUUCCCACAUUACAGUACAUAUCACUGUCUUCCCACAUUACACUACAUAUCACUAACACUGUCUUCCCACAUUACACUAUAUACUGUAUCACUAACACUGUCUUCCCACAUUACACUACAUAUCACUAUCACUGUCUUCCCACAUUACACUAUAUACUGUAUCACUAACACUGUCUUCCCACAUUGCACUACAUAUCACUAACACUGUCUUCCCACAUUACACUAUAUACUGUAUCACUAACACUGUCUUCCCACAUUACAUUACAUAUCACUAACACUGUCUUCCCACAUUACAGUACAUAUCACUGUCUUCCCACAUUACACUACAUAUCACUAACACUGUCUUCCCACAUUACGCUAUAUACUGUAUCACUAACACUGUCUUCCCACAUUACACUACAUAUCACUAACACUGUCUUCCCACAUUACACUAUAUACUGUAUCACUAACACCGUCUUCCCACAUUACACUACAUAUCACUAACACUGUCUUCCCACAUUACACUAUAUACUGUAUCACUAACACCUUCUUCCCACAUUACACUACAUAUCACUAACACUGUCUUCCCACAUUACACUACAUAUCACUAACACUGUCUUCCCACACUACACUACAUAAUGUAUCACUAACACGGUCAUCUCACAAACAGACCUGAAACUCUUUGAGGUGUGCUCGAUUUAGCUUGUAGUUUGCACUUUUGUGACUACUCCAUUGGUUCCGUUGUGGAUUCAUUGAAUUGCUUCCUCAUAUCUGAGUUGUUCGGACUAAAUUAAGAUGUGGAGAAAGUCCAUCUAUUUUAGAGGGAUCCUUCCUGUGGUUAGAUCUGAAGUGCUGAUGGGCAUGUCAUUGGUGAGGGACAGCCAAUGGACAUUUCUGCCUGACCACUGCUUCCCCUAGCAGACCCUGUGUCUGCAGAAAAAAAAACUCCUGACUGUCACAAGUACUGUACUGCCCCUGCCUUCCUCUGUUCUGUGUUAACCAGCCUGGAUAUAGCUAGUUCAGACAUCUGGGCCUCAAUGGCCUUACCACUAUUGGUUUUCAUUGGUUUGGUUUAACUGAUUCAGAUCUGUGUUUCCAGGCAACUGGACUCUCUGGCCAAUCAACAACAUUAGUCAAUCAUUUAACUACUGGGGAGAAAGAAAACCCAGCAGCUCUACAGACAUUGAGGCCUGGUAUUGAAUAGCCCUGUUGCUAAAUAACCUCAUCCAUAGUAAUUGUUGGUAAAUGUGUUCAGUGUCUCACUACUGCCCCCUAUUGGUUGGUAAGUGGUCCUCAUCAGAGUAUGUGAGCUGAGCGGUCGGAAAUCCUGCUCAUAGCUCAUGGAGCAGCGCUCCACUCUGGCCGUCAGUGUCCUUUCCAACCGCUCUGCUAAAAAAAACGCUUCUCGCUCACAGGAAAAAAAAACUGCUGCUCCAAAUUCGCUCCAUUCAUUAAAAUCCCAAUUUAACCAACACCCAUCUAUUUUUGUGACUACCUGGACCUACCAAACCAAAUGAUUUGAAUGAAAAUUAUAUUAAUAAACAUGAAAAGGUGAAUGUGAGAAGCGCUCUUAAUUUUAAAUUGGCUACAUGUCAUAUUAAACAGCAUAUAAACACUCUAGAUAGGUCAGGAGCCAGACAGGGAGCCUAAGAAGGAAUGGAAAUUAAUUAUUUAGGCUAUAUUACUUACAUUAUUUCAAGGCUAUAGCCUACAAAGAAAUACAUUGUGAAGCAUUUGCGAGAGCGACACUAGGCUGGUAGGGAGUUAGUGACAUCAAGCGCACAACAUUUAAACAACAUUUUGCUGUAUUAAAUCGUUAUAGUCUAUAAACUGCGCAUUUAGGCUGUGACUAACCUACACAUUCAAUGGAAAAUGCCUUAUUAGGCUCAGUCUACAGUGCCUUUGAAUUCAUUUUUAGAAACACCAGUUUGGCCAGAGUCUGUGGCUUCAGGCUCAUGCGAUGGUGCCUGGAGAGCAGGCCAGCAGCGGAGAAUAUCCUCUCAGCGCUUGCAGAGCCACUUGGGAUGCUGAACACCCUUUUGGCCAACCCAGGCUGGGUAGGGAUGCAGAGUUUAUUUUCUAUAGUUAGGCCUAAAGGUUUUUAGGCAAAAUAACCCAAUCAAAACGGAAAGCUCCUUAAAAGUUGAAAUAUGCCAAUGAUGGCCUAUUGUAUAGAUAAUAUAACAAAAAUAAAGGAAACUUUUAAGAGAUCUGAUUUUUUGUUUAUAAAUACUUUGCUACAAUGACACACUUAAUUAGCUACCCACCUUGUUCCUUUCUUUUAGCAUGUGCAUGUAUUAAGUAAACCAACAUGCUUUCAGGAUAUGUGUCUUUUCAGAUUCCACAAUGAUUCGUUAGUUGUGGAUAUUAUAUCACUACACUCCCUCUCUUGCUCUUGGUCCUUAUCUUUGUAAGUCACCUUGAUUUUGCACCUGUGUGUUUUAUCAAUUUCUUUAUGAGCAUAUUUAGCGAACUCCAUGACAGUAGCUAAAGCAAGGGGCUAUAGCAGCAGAUAAGUAGCCUACAAAUGCAUGCUGGGACGGCAUGCCCUGAGCUCCUGAAGUGAGCGCUACUGGAGCGAAAUUGGAGCGGGUGAGAAGGCCGACGCUCCAGCCUUUGGGAAUCUUGCUCCGUGCUCCAGUCAAAUUGGGCACGCUCAGCUCCAGCGCCGCUCUGCUCACAUACUCUGGCCCUGCUCCAUAGCCCAGACGCCAGUACAAGGGAAGUAUCUUUAGUGCUAUGCCAUUACUCAUAUAGAUAAUAACCUGUUACGGACAUAUUAGCCUACUUAGUCUGUUGGUUGUAUUGUGUUAUUGUGUAUUGUCGUUUCACAGUUUAGUUUUGUUAUGACAACUGGGUUUUGUCAUCUUUGAGAAUAAAAUUAAUGAGCAUUUAUCUUACUCUAAGCACUCAUCCUUUAUAUUGGAACCGAGAGAGGGGGGGGGGGGGGGGUGAUAGAGAGAACUGGGAGGAAGGGGGAGAGAGAGAGAGGAAUGUUUUUAAUAAUGCAGGUGGCAGAUGUAAUUAGUUGGUCGUUGGGUGGAUUUGCAUGUUUUCAUAAAAGGGAAGUUGGUGUGAGGGAGGGAGGGAGGGAGUGUCAGCAAACAUGACUGUCUGUCUGUAGAUAUUGUGGCUUCUCACAAAAUAAGCGGUAGUUAAUACAGUAACUGCCAAAUAAAACAUCUGUUAUGGUAACUUUGUUUAAAAAUAACUAACUUAACAUAAUUCACUUCAAUAUCAGAUUUUAUUUACAGUGAAUUGUCUACCCCUCACCCCCCUCUCUCUCUCACUCUCUCUCUCUAUAUCUUUCUACCCACCCCAACCCACUCUCCUAUUCCACCCCCUGUUCCUCCUCUCUUUUUCCCUCCAUCUCCCCCUCCCCCUCACUCCCCUCGACUCUCAGUCCCAGCCCUGACUGACUGUCUGUACAGUAGAGAGGAGAGGAAGUGUUGUGGUGUAGUAUAGUGUGGUGUGGUGUAAUGUAGUGAUGACUCUACAGUGAGUAACAUCAGUAUAGAGGUGUCUAGUAAGGCUCUGUUCCCACUCAAACCUCUAUAGGGCCUAUUGUUAGACCAAACAAACACCUCUGUACAUAUAGGAAAUAAUGAAUGCAGGCUUCACAGCAAAAAAUAUCACUGUAUAUACAAAAGCCAAUACUGCGGUGUGACAUCAUAUUUCAGCGCCUGUAACAUCAGCCAAAAGCCUUUGCAUAAUCAUCUGCACUCUCU